UCCUUUAUUUUUUUUAAUUAUUUUAUUGGGAUUAGACUUUAACAACCUGAAUCGCUAUUUCCCCCACUCUGACUCUACUUACUUCCCCGAUUUUCACUUUCCGACUCCAACCACCAUCUCCGGCGUGAUCUACGCCUCUCAUCGACUCUUCUAAUCACGCUCUUUCCGCCUGAUAUACGGUUAGGGUUUCUUGAUGCUCUCAUCCACACUUGCAUAGCUAGAUGGUUUCUUUAGGGGAGUGUGUAACGGAUGAAGUUGGUACGGAUAAAGUACAGAGCCCGGAUGCUGGAAGUCAUGCAUUGCAACAGACCUCUGAUAGUAAAAUUCAGUCAUCACAAUCUGAUGAAGGGAGAGGAACCCUUGCACUUAUAUCAGAGGAAAAUCCACUUCCUAUUUCUGUGAUCCAUGCUUCACAGUCACAGCAACAAGGUGCUUACUCUAUGACAUCCAAGAAACAAUCGCUGACUCCCUCUCCAUCGCCUGGUAUUGAUGGGAGCAGCCCCAUUGUACGUGAGAAAGCCUCAGAGGAUGGGUAUAACUGGCGUAAAUACGGGCAGAAACUUGUUAAAGGAAAUGAAUUUGUUCGAAGUUAUUACAGAUGUACACAUCCAAACUGCCAAGUGAAAAAGCAAUUGGAACAUUCACAUGAUGGGAAAAUGGUCGACACUGUUUAUUUUGGUCAGCAUGAUCAUGCAAAGCCGCUGAACCCACCCGUAGCUGUUGGCUUUGUUGUCUCUGUCGUUGAAGAGAGACUAGAUAAUGCAUCUCCAACUGUUAUCAAAGACAAAUCAUUGGGUGCACAUAUCCAAACACCUCGCCUGAUUGAGCCAGGGGAUAGUUCUCAGCCUUUACCUAUUGCUGCUAGUGAAGAUGUGAAAUCAAAAUCAAAUGGGAUGCAAAAUAUUGCUGGUAAUGAUGAUUGUCAUCUCAUCUCAAAACGCAGAAAGAAAGAGAGCGAUAAUGUUGAUGUAUCUCCAGUGCAUAAACCAACAAGUGAAUCACCUAUGGUUAUUAAGACACUAAGUGAGGUUGACAUCGUAAAUGAUGGGUACCGUUGGCGCAAAUAUGGCCAAAAAUUAGUUAAAGGCAAUCCUAAUCCAAGGAGUUAUUACAGGUGCUCAAAUCCCGGAUGCCCUGUCAAGAAGCAUGUGGAGAGGGCAUCUCAUGAUGCAAAAUUGGUUAUAACUACAUAUGAGGGAAAACAUGACCAUGAUUUGCCUCCAACUAGGACUGUUACUUAUAAUAUAAUUGGCUUAAAUGUUGAUUCAGCAGCUCAUAACAGUGAAUCAGGCACCAAGGUAGAAGAAAGGGAGACCAUUAAUUCUAGUUCUGGAGCCGAGAAUAAACCGAGCGAGCAAUCGAAUGGCGAGUCAAGAACUAAGUUAGAAGUAAGUGGUACUGUUCAUGUUUGCACAGUUGAUGCACCUACAUUGGGUCCUGAAAGUGGGUCAAAUGAGCAACGGAGUGGAAAGUUAGAUCACAAUGAAGAGAGUGAAGUGGUUGGCUACACUGCUCAUAGUAAAUCAAGUUCUCAGAAUACGAAUGAGCAGAUCAGUAGCAAAUUCGAAGCAAAAUGGAAAAAUGGUAUUGCUGACAGUGAUAAGAUGGUCCAUGUCCAUAUUCUUGGGGUGUUCGUAUUCGCAAUGAUUGAUUCGGAGUAUCAAUAUUGGCAAGCAACCCCCAUGUGUAAAAUUAUUCAACCAGUUUAAAUAAUGCAAGAUUAAGAUGUAGAAUUUUAUCUUACGGAAAGAUCUGAUAUAAAAUAGGCUAAUGUUUAUUGAGAAA